AUGUCGAGCUUUUUCAGGUCAGCCUUCCGAAAGGCUUCCCCCACCGUGGCGCAGUUGAUGCGACCGAAUCCAGCACCCUACGCCAUGUGGGCGUUUCCCCUCGCGUUGGGUGCCACAUGGUUCAUUUGGCCGGCACUGGAUCAAGAGUGGUUGAUUGAGUUGGGUCUGGCCAAGGAACCAGAUCUUCACAUCAAGGCUGUCCAAGCGGCCAAGGAUGCUCGGAUGGCCGCCAAGUCCAAGGACAAGCCGGCAGCCGCCAAGGAGGAGGAAGAAGAAGAAGAAGAAGAGGAGGCCGAAGAGGAAGAAGAAGAAGCACCAGCAGCCGAAGAGGAAGAAGAAGAAGAAUCUGGAGGAGGAGACGAAGAGGAAGCUGGGGGCGAAGAGGAAAGUGGCGGCGACGAUGACGACGAAGAAGAAGGAGAAGAGAGCGCCCUUCCCAAAUUCGCCCCUCUCUUGGCCAAAUCAGAUGGCAGUUCAUUGGAAGAAGCCUGGGAUAACUUUACUCUCAAAGCCGCACCAGAGUUGUAA